UCUACACCCCAUCUCUAUAGGGUGGUUUUGUUGCUUUCAACAAAUUUUGUGUUUAUAUCAAGGAUGAAUUGUUUUGGGGAAUGUAUGGACCUGGGUCCUCCACCUGACAGCAUACUAUUUUUGCCCCCUCCCCCAUUGCCAGCGUUUUUACAACAGUCUUUGCCCGAUUUACUGUUAAACACCACCCCAUGUUUACCUGCACAAUUAUGCGAGUCGUCGCCAAUUGUAUCAAAUAAAAUUCCGGAGACGUAUGGGGAUUACAUAGAACUGCCCAGAAAAGAUUUUGAAUCCUGGACUGGUUCUGGAAUUAAUGAUACCUGGUUGUUGGUAUUAGUAGCUUCAUCCAUUGGUGUUCUUUUAUUGGGGGCUUUAUUAGCAAUGUUUUUACUGAAAUGUAGAGAGAUGAACUUGUUUGGAAGCAGCGAUUGCUCGAUGCACAGCCGGCAAAUUAAACACUCAGAACCCCGCGACUGCGCCAGCGUCACAAAUAUAAACAGCAAUAAGCUGAUCCAUCCAUCCGAAGCUGUGUUGUACCACGGCCUGCCCAACCUAACCGAUAACAGAAUGGUGUGGGCCGCUCUGACACCCCACGGUACCCAACACUUUAUUUCAGAAAACUACCCGAGAGAUCUGAUCGAUUACGGCGAACCGGAAGAUCAUUACGAAACGAUCGAUAACAUGAACAUUCCGGUCAAGCCGGAGCUCCCCGGUGCCUAUCACACGUUUCAAAAAGGUUUGACAUUGAAAUUAUAUCCCGAGAAAUCGAGUUUUGAUAAUUCUGGGUUCGUAGAUUACGACUACGAGGACCCAGCUCCCUUGAUCGAAACGUACCAAUUGAACACCAUGGAAAACGACGGUUAUCAAAUUAUCGAUAAUUCGGACAUGAGGUGCGCCAGCUUAGGUGGCGGUACCUUAAGACGAGGCCUCCCCGCCCCCUUUAGACCUAGAGUUUCGUCGCCCACUAGAAUCGAGCACCCCAAUUUACCCCCGCUUAAUCUAAACCCGCAUAAUAGCAAUACCUUUAAGAGAAACGGCACCUUAAGUUAUAAGACCAUAGAGCAUGGCACACUGCCCAAAUAUGGCGGUUGUUAAGUGUCCAAAAAGCUUUAACCUGUAUGCAACACUAUAUCGUAUAAGUAUACUAACCUAUUUAUCAAACAUACUCUGAAUGUUUUUAUAUUUAUUAGUUAUUUUUUGUAUUUAUC